AUGUCACUUACUGUACAGUCCCAAAUCGUCCGGUUGGGCCCCGGGGCCCGUGUCAUUCCCAGGCUGGAGGUCACUAGGAGAGACUCGUAUAGUCCGGCCCGGCGGCCCCAGUGGCUGCUCAGCGCUCUGACUCAUCACUUCGGACUGGACCGGGGGGUGGAGAACGAGAUCAUCGUUUUGGCCACUGGGCUGGACCAGUACCUGCAGGAGGUUUUCCAUCACUUGGACUGGGGGGCACAAGAGACCAUCCCGGGGGCAGAUUUCCGCGCUCUGUGUCACGUGCUGGGGCAGGAGGAAUGUGAGGGGCUACUGGACAACCUCCCGGGGCAACUCACCUUCCGCCAGUUCCACGCCCGACUCUGCGGCUACUUCAGCGGCAAAUCUGCUUCCGACACCGUCCGCUUCCCCUGCGGCACCGACACUGAACUCAUCCAGACCCAGAUCCGCCUGCGGAGCCCGAGGAGACGCAGAGACCCGCCCCCUCGGAGCCGCCUGGAGUCUGACGCGGAGCGGAGUCUGGAGCAGGAGAACAGCAGCCUCCGGGAACUGGUGGAGGAUCUGAGGGCCGCGCUACAGAGCAGUGAUGCCCGAUGUCUGGCCCUGCAGGUUGGUCUGAGGAAGAGCCAGACAGCAGAAGGGGGCGGGGCCACAUCAGACAGCCGAGUGCUCACUCACACUUACACACUCACUCAGCACGUGGAACAUGUGGAACAAGUGGUGCAGAGGGUCAGUUUGAUCCAAAACUCGAGUGAUGUCCAGAUCCAAGAACUGAUCCGGAUUAACCAAGAGCUGGAGGAGGAGCUUGGUCGCUCGCAGGAAUGUCUGGCUCAGGGGGAGGAGCUUAGUCGGAGAAUGAAGGAGGAGCAGGUGGAGAUGAGGAGGAGGGCGGGGGAGGCCCGGCAGGUGGUUCUGACCUGUUUUAUGAAGGUGAAAGAGUUGGAAGAGAAAUCCAAUAAAGUUCCCCUUCUGCAAAUGCGCCUGAAGCAACUGGAGAUUGAACUGCAACACUCAAGGGCAGAGGUGAGGGACCUUCAGCAGAACAGGAAUCGGUGUCUGCGGCUCCAUCACUUUGCCCCCCCACAGGGUCGCACGACCCCCUCAGAAGACGAGGACAGUGUAUUUAUAGGGGAGGACCAGGUGUUCAGAUCAGUAGAAGGACAAGCGGCUUCGGAUGAGGAAGAGGAAGAUUGGGCAACGGAGCAGCAACACCCAGCGGGGGUCACGGACAGGAUUUUUCCCAGUGGGAGUGGGUGGGACGAGCGGAUAAUGAAGUCACUGGGUCCGUGUGCCGGCGGGUCGGACACAAUUGAUUACGGGAAUGUGACGCUUCUACUGAUGGAGAGGAUUGAUCAGCUGACUGGGAAACUGCAGCAAAAAGAUCAGGAGAUGAGGAGGCUGGAGACUGACCUGCAUCAGAUGAAGGAGCCGUUGGUUGAGGAGCUGGAGAAGAAGAUGGAGGAGACUGAGUUCUUGAGGUCAGAGCUUCAGAUGUUGGAGACAGAGAGAGUCCGUUUGUCUCUUGUGGAAGAGAAACUUCUGGAUGUUCUGGAGCUGCUGGAGAAGGUCAGAAACCGGAAAAUAUCCAAGCGCCACCUGGGAAAGUUACUCGUCAGUGCUCUGGAGUCGCGCGGGGAGCCGGGGAAGGAUGAGGCAUUGGAAUUGCUGAAGUCUCUGCACAAUGAACUGUGUGAGGCCUGGAGGAGCCCAGAGUUGUAUAAAUCAGCCGCAGAGCAGCAGCCAAUGGGGGGCUCACUGGUUAUUUCUUGUUGAGCAGCGACUCCUACAGGCCAUGCUGAGUAUCACUCCGGCUCGGCCUCAAUAACUUGACUCAGUCGCUCCAUCUCAUUUGUUCACAAGAAGAGUCCGACCCUCAUGGAAUUCUGGGAAUAAUCCCACAGUCUUUUAUACUGACAGUCCUGCAGGUGAUUGGGUGGAAAUAUACAGUUAUUGCCCCCUGGGGGCUCGGGGUAGUUGAGGGCUGAAACUUCACCUUCACUAUAAUUAAUGGUGAGACUAUCACUAUUGUGCCACACAUUCCUGUUCAUUCUCUGGUUGCUAGGCUUGCUGACCCUAACAACCAUAGACUUGCAUACACCCCCAAUUGUACCCAGUGACACCCCCAAUUGUAUCCAGAGACACCCCCAAUUGUACUCAGGAACACCCCCAAUUGUACUCACGGACACGCCCAAUUGUACCCAGUGACACCCCCAAUUGUACCAGUGACACCCCCAGUUGUACCCAGAGACACCCCCAGUUGUACCCAGGGACAGUCUGCUUUCUAUAACAAUAUAUAAUAAGAUGAGAAAUGUGUAUUUUUAUAUCCAGGGUGGGGGGCACAUACUAAAUGACGUGUAUAUAAAGGGGAGACAAAUGGGGGGUUGUAACAUUGGGGGGCACAUUGUAACCAAUGGAGCAAUAAAUGGAGGGGGGGGCACAGCAUUAUUUUCUGUUCAUUUGGCUGAAAUCCUCGUUGUUACUUUGUAUCAUUAGAUUUGUUAUAAAUAAAGGGGACCCUCCCACCUGGGGGUUAAUAGGGGUUUUUGGGAAGGGGCGGAGCUUUGCCUCGUGUCAUUACUGGGGCCCCUGGCAGUGCACAAUAUCCGGGGCCCAUAUGAGGGACAGGAGUAUAAAUACAAUCAGGGUGACCACAUUGCGUCUCUGAACUACAACUCCCAGCAUUCCCUGCAAAGCCCCGGAGUGAAUGACAAAUCGUCUGUAUAUUUCACAGUACAGGGGGUUCAUUAAUCAUUAAGUCAAGGGGCCCCUCCGGCGCAAUCCAGGAAUCAAGGGACCCCCCGUAUAUCCAGCGAGUAAUAGAAAUAGGGGCGGCAGCUGAGCAGUUUGGGGUUAAUUUGGGCUCCAAUAGGAAUAAAUAGAAUUACAGGGACUGUGGUUAAACUGCAGGAACUGAAUGUGAGGUCCCGGGACCCUCUAGAAACCGCCCUUUUAUGUAGGGGGAAUUCUCGCCAUCUACUGGUUACAUUGUGGUAAUCGCAAUAAAUGACUUACCCAUUAUUAUAAUAGUAACAAACGUGUAUCACCAAGCGCCACCUACUGGUUACAUUUGAGUAUGAACAUAUUGCGGCCACACUGUUACUAAACACUUCAAUACGUUUUGUAAUAAACUCUUUGUCGGUCACAGACCAAUCAGUUUAUGUAAAUUAAAGAAAG